CGCCUUGAAACAUGUGGAGCCUCAAAUGCAAUGUUUUCAUGAUGCUGAUGAUUGCAAGACAGGUCCUAGCUUUGCUAGUGGAAAAGGGCACCUGUCCUGAGAACAUAACAGCUCUUAGUGACUUCGAUAUGGAACGCUUUAGGGGAAGAUGGUAUACAUACUCGUCGCUUUUAAAUCUUAGGAAAAAUAUACCGGAAUGCGCCUAUGUUGACUUUAUAAAAAGGCCCAAUGGUUCCUAUUUCGCAGAGGCAAGCGAAAUUAAUCAAAAAACUAGCACAAUGAAACUAAAAUAUCACGAAAUUGGACGCAUCGAACCAAAGCUUGGCACCUAUGAAAUAGUAUUAAAGGGCUCACCGAUUGAACCAGGAAUUCAUAUAAACGUGCUGGACACGGACUACACAAGCUUUGCUAUUUGCUACUUAUGCUUCGAUGUUGAUUCGAUCGUCAGCCUCAAGGCGAUUAUUAUACGAACUCGAGCUCGCAUACCCAAGGCAGAAACUAUACAUACUGCACAGAGGCUGGCCCAGUUAUCUAAUAUAGAUCUUAGCGAGUUGGUCAAGAUACCGCAAGAUGCAUGCCCGAUUGAUAACUAAUCGAAUAUCUAUCAAAUUUGUAUAAAAAAUAAAGUAAA